AUGCGAAAAUCCAAAGAACAAAAUAACUUUGCAACCUGUCAAAGAGCAUCUUCUUCGUCGUCUACACUCUUAGGAAGAGUUUCAUCUGAGGAACUGGAAAGUGGGACAUCCAAGAAAAAAGAAAAUGAUGAUCACAUAUAUAACAGUGAAGAUCAUGGUUCGGGCGAGACGAACGUCCAACAGGAUGACUUUGUCCUUCCAGAACUACUGCCGUCUUUUGAAAUGUAUGAAAAUUUGCACAUUAAUAUACCCCAGUCUAGUUUUGACACCUACUUUCACGAAAAUCCACCUUAUUAUGAGGUUGCUUCUGGGAUUCAGAGUGCUCUUCCGCAUGGUGAGUCUGAGUCUAACAUGAGAAUGGUUAGCGAUGACACUGCUGGCCCAGAAAAUCUUGAAACGACCACUGGUGUUCGCCGGUUGGCUUCUGAUUCUUCUAGCCCCCAGAUUUUUAACCAUGAUGGACUUAAAGGUAUACCGGUUGAAAAAAUCUAUGCUCUUCCUAGAGUUGAAACUGCCAUAUCGAUUGAACUAUUUGUUACGAAAACUGCCCCGAAACUUGGGCAGGCUCCUAAAUACGGGGGCAUGCUAAAGGAAUAUACAUCUGGUGACAUCAUUCAUGGAUAUUUUACUGUAGAGAACAGAUCGACUACACCGAUAAAGUUUGACAUGUUUUAUCUAACUUUAGAGGGUACAACAAGCUCAAAGACAAAAUCAUCUUUUGGAACUCAAAAAACAACAAAAACUUUUUUGAGAAUGGUAGAUAUGGCGGCGAGCUGGUCAUACAAUCAAGAAGAUGUAAAUACUGGUGAGGACCUCUGUGGAUUUUUCGAUUCCAUUGAUAAAACGAGCUUUGGACUAUCUAACGAGAGAACAUUAAAUCCAGGCGAUAAACGUAAAAAGUUCUUCGCAUUCAAGAUUCCAAACCAGCUACUAGAAGUAAGCUGUAAGCACAGGCACUUUUCCCACUCUCUCUUACCUCCAACGCUUGGCUUCGAUAGAUCCUCAAGUGCUAAUGUAGAUGCGAAUUUAAAGUUUUCAAAUAGUUUGGGUUACGGUCGUUUGUCAGAAAGAGGCUCCCCACUUUUAUUAAUGGAUAAUUCUACAACUAGCAAUAUCAGCUAUUCAAUAAAUGCUAUGAUUGUAGGCAAAGAUAUACGAUCUGGGAGUAUUUGUUUGAUGAGUGAAAAGAAAUACAGUAUCAGAAUGGUUCCAUUUGGGUUUGGCUGCGAGCCCAUCAGUAAAGAAAAAUGCUUCAAUAGUAUCGAAGAUUUCAAUGUCGCUAUUGCAAAAAGACUCGAGAAGAUAGAACAAAUUCUUUGUAAGUCAGAACGAGCAGUUCCUAUUCAUGAAGAUGAUAUAUCGGAUAUCAACAAUCACGCUUAUCCAAUCCUCCCAAAAAGGAACUACUCGUGGAACAAGUCACCUGAAAUUGUUAAAAAUUGCGCAGCCGAAAAGAGGUCCUACAUUGAGAAUGAUUAUAUCGAAUCUGAAAUGACUUAUUCUAUACUCCCUUUCUUCAACACUAGUAUCAAAAGUGCAUUUCUCAAAAGUAAAGUUCUUAAUAGUGUCCAUAAUGCAUCCUCAUCUCAACCAGAUAAUUUCACUUCAAGAAUGAAUUUUGAGAAAAAUGGACUAAUAAUGAUGAAAGUUAAACCUCCCACUAGCUCCUUACCAUAUCGGUGCCCUGCCUUAAUUCAAAAGCAAAAUGCAUUUGCAAUGAAAAGCAAGCAAAGUCAAUCAAACUGGUCAAAUUUGAAAAGUCUUCUCCCGAUUGAAGAACGAGAAAAACUCGAAACCCUAAAAAUAGAGUUAGUGUGUGUUCAAGCGGCAAACAGUGUCCCUCAUGACCCUCCUGAGAUUAGUAGUAUACAGACACAACUAAUUUGUUUAACAGAAAAGACAGAAGAUUGUAAGCCACUGGAAUUCCACACUGAUUUACUAGUGAACAAACGGAAAUUCGACGAAGUUAAGAAGUCAUUUAAAGAAAUACUGGCAAAUAUUGAAGCAUAUAGUGAUAACUUUACUAACAAUGAAACAAGGAUAAAUUCACUUCUUGAUGAAACUGCAAAGGCCAGCCUGCAUGGUAAACCCCUCAUGUUCUCUCACCUAAUGCCUCUAAGUACAAUAAAAGACGUGCAAGUAUUAGCUCACACGGAGGUUGACGUUACUGUUGUGGAAAAUGCAUUGAAGUCAAAACUAGCUGUAGCAAAUGAUGUGCAUCCUUGCUCUCCUUAUUCGAUUUCCAGCAUAAUACCUCGAGCAUCUCGCAGCAUAAUCAAGACGGCCUCAUCAAAUCACAGUUCCUCGUCAUUCUCACAUUGUAAAUUAAAUGGAUGGAAUCGUAUCGGCGCAACAGAAUAUACGAAAACAUUGUCCCUGAACAUAAAAUUCAACGAGGAUUUCAAAGGCACUAUAGUACCUAGUUUUCAAAGCUGUUUAUGCUCUAGAUCGUAUUUACUUCGCGUGAAACUUCAAUUUAACAAAUCUGUAGGUACCUCUCAAAUUGAUAUUCCUAUUCAAGUCAAAAACUCCUUCAUCUAA